AUGUCCGGAUAUCCGUCACGGAUCGCGUCUCCGUCGGGGCUGGGGGGCGGCGUUGGCCUGGGAUCUGGAGCAGGGAGCGCGGCAAGUGCAUCUGCGACGACGACACUGUUUCGACGGCUUGUAUGGGAAGGCAGCGUCCCACUCGAGAUUCGAAUCGACCAAAAGGAGCUCCCAGCGGAGAGCGAUAGAGGGUUGGGAGAGAGUUAUUACUUGCAGGUCCCUAGGAUCAGUUAUCUACCGUUGAUUGUCCCAGAACUGAAACAGUAUCUCGUUGAGCUUGUUCUCAGUGAGCGGGAAGGCGCGAAUCUAAAGGAGGACUCUUGGUGGUUCGAAGACGAGUUUGGGGGCGUAGUUAAAUGGAAUUGGCCAAUUGGUCUCUUAUACGACAUCUACGUCGCGUCGAAAACCGUCUCUCUAGCGUCGAGCUAUCCACCCUCCUCUGGAGGAGCUUCAAACGCUCCAGUCGUGUUCCCUCAACCAACGGUACCUUUACGACUCACUCUGCAUUUAGCGCCAAUGGCCGGUGGAAGCGAACGACAGCACCAGAGCGGGAUUAGUGGGGGAGGUGCUGCAAAUCAAGAAGCAUUGAAGCAAUCGUUUAUGGCUCAACUUAAAGAAGCAGAUUUUCUACGGUGGGGGAGUACCAAGCGCGUUACGGGGCUGCGAAAGGCGGACCAGGAUGGCAUAUGGGAUGCCUUGCGAGAUCACAACUUUGAAGACUUUUGGCGAGUGGCCUCUCGGAUCACACCUUCGCCUGUCCCACCAACGGCUCCUACGUCCCCAUCAGCGUUCCACGGCUCCUCACUGAGUUCACGGCCUCCCUCUACUGACCCUAAUACGGGGACGACGGCCGCUUCGUCUCUUCCUCCGCAAGACCGAGACACUGCCUACAACGUCCGGUCCGUGCCAAUACGGAUAUACCUGCCGGAUCAACCGAACACUACUGGAUCAUCGACGUCUCCUCGAGCGGGGAACGUAGGUUUACCUGGUGCUGGUGCUGGUGGGGGCACGAGUCUGUUUGGAGGGGCGUCUUCAGGGAGCGCAAUGUCGCCCCUUCAUCCUCAUUUGACAUGGGGAGGGAACCACGCUCUUGCGACGUAUGCGAGCACGUUACCCGGGAGUGCAGGGACAGGGACAGUGAUCCAACCACUGGUGCCUCCGCUGGCCAAUGCCGAUUCGAGUACGAGUGUGUUGCAGUCGCCUGGCUCUCCUCAGUUGGUGAGCAGUCCGCUUGGUACGACGGGGACGGCUGGGUUGUAUCCUGGGGGGAGUAGUGGUGGGUAUUCGAGCUCUGCUGGUGGCCAGCCGGCGACGGUGAAGACGUUGAUGGAGACACAUUUGCCGUUGUUGUUCCCACCCGAGGACAAGGCUGGCGGUGGUGGCUCGCUUGCUCAUGUGCUAGUGCAUGGGGUCGUCGUUCCGCUCGAGACUGAGCUUGCGUGGCUGGGGGCGUGCAUGAGUGGUGCGGAUGGAUGGGUGAGCAUUGUCGUUGGGCUUGGAAGGGGUGCGUAG